AUACCACUUUCUGAAAUGAAAAUAAACAAAUGGGAUUUAAAACCUCCUGAUUUUAGCUAUAAACUAUAUACAUCAUUGAGAUUUCCAGAAAAGCCAUUAAGGACUGUUAAGAAAGAACAACAGAGGAAAAAAAACAGUUUUCCAGAAACAAAGCUUCAUCUGCCUACUAUAAGAGAUCGAGAUCAUCCUCAAAAGGCCUCAUCUCCUAAGUUUGUAACUAUGUUUCCACCUCUGGAUUCAUGUAAAGCGAAUUUAAUGUUUGUGAAGAAUGGAAAAUAUCCAAAUGGCGUAUAUCUUGACCCACAACCACAUGAUUUUAGACAGUACCGGUGUGAUUUGCCAAACUUUGUGACAACUUAUGAAAAGGACCCAUUUGGAUUAAAGUUUAAGUCACAACAUUUAAGUACAGUUCAUGGGUGCCAGUUCCUGAAAGAUAAUAAGAAACAAAAUAGCAGGGGAGAAAGAUUUAGCACCUACAAGCCUUGUGAAAGCACCUGGGAUUCAAAUCUCUUUCUACCCAAAGCCCAGUGGCCCAUUAAGUGUGCUUCAUACACAAGACACAGAAGACAGCGUGAUGCUUACAGUGCAUUUAUGGACCGUGUGGAAGAAAAGUUUACCAUGACCUUCAAGAAAAGGGUGGGGGGAGUAAGAGGACAGAAAGUCUGAGAUCUGAUG